UCCCCACUUCUCUAUUUCAUAAUCUUCUGCCUCCCUUUUAUAAACUUCUCUCUCCCUCUCUCUCAAAAACACAAGAAAGCGAAAAGAAAAAAAAAACCAUCUUUCAUGGCAGUUGAAGCUCGGCAUAUGAACCUGUUCCAGUCUAAGUUCAUCACAAACAGAGAUUUCGUGAAACUCAAUCAGGGAAAUCCCAACAUGUACAAUACCCAGAUGGAUUCUAUGUUGCCUCAGGCUGCAGCAAUGCCUGAAACGCUUCCACCUUAUUACCAAUCUGUUGAUUGCGGCAAUCUGGGUGGUUCAACCAAGACCUUCAUGAACAAGGCUGAUAGUGGACUCACCUAUGCUAUCCCUGUCCCUGAUCAGCGAAAGCGUCCUAGAGAUUCAAUCAAUGACUUCAAUGCUUUACCAAUCCGUCAAAAAACCAACAAAGUCUCAGGCUUGCCAUCUUUUCUCGACCAGGACUUUAUCCUCCGGGCUCAUCAACAACAAUUAGAGAUCGAUCGCUUCCUUGCCCAACAUGCUGAAAAAGUAAGAUUGGAAAUUGGGGAGCAAGAAGAGCGGCAAUCAAGAAUGUUGGAAUCAGUAUUCCAGGAAGCAAUCAUGAACAAACUGAAAGAAAAAGACGAGGAGAUUCAGAGAAUGGGAAAGCUGAAUUGGGUCCUUCAAGAAAGAGUGAAAAGCCUAUCUAUAGAGAAUCAGAUUUGGAGAGAGUUGGCACAAACUAAUGAGGCCACAGCCAAUACUCUUCGCAGCAAUCUAGAACAAGUCCUGGCCCACGUUGCCGAAGACCGCCACGUGGCAGCCACGGCGGACGACGCCGAAUCGAGCUGCGGGAGUAACGACUUUGGGCGGUGCACGCCACCACCGCUCAAUGACGGCGGCGAUGAGGCGGUGGGUGGUGGUGGCAAUAGGAUGUGUAAGAAUUGUGGGGUUGGGGAGUCAAGGGUGUUAUUGCUACCAUGCAGGCAUCUAUGUUUGUGUACUAAUUGUGGCUCCACUCUACGCACUUGUCCAGUAUGUCAUUCUGUCAUGACUGCUAGCGUAAAUGUUAAUUUGUCUUAGGAAAAAAAAGAAAAA